UUGUAUGUUGUUAGGUCACAAAUUGUUUAGACAUGGCUGCUGCUGAUAGUAUCCGAGUUAUCGAUGAUGAUUAUGUGAAACGAGUUCACAGUCGAAAUCCUUCAGGCCAUUUACAUAAGGGUCAUGGAAUUGUUGCUGCAACUUCAUCAAUACCAAGUAGAUAUCAAACUAUUGUAACAGAUAAUGCGGAUAAAAGAGGAUUUCUAGGCCAAGCAAAACGCUUCCGUUUUGAUGAAGCAAUGACAGAUGCCCCUGGUCCUGGAAAUUAUGUCAGACAUGAAACCAUGGACAACAACAGCACUUCUUUUUCUAAGAAAGGAACAGGAGGAUUUGCUUCAAAGACUAAGCGAGGUGUAAAAUAUUUCAUAACAGCAGCACCAGGACCUGGAGUUUACGGUUUACCUAGCAUGUUAGUCACUAGGAAAGAUUUCAAUAAAGCUGAGAACAGCAGCAAUUUCCAUAAACCUAUUGCUAAAGUAUCAGAUAAAGUGGAAAAGAAACCAUCGCCAAAUACUUAUGAUGUAUUAAACUCUAAAUACGGAAAGUCCAAUAAUGUUACAGCUGGAGCAGCAUUCAAAUCUCAGUCAAAACGAGACGUGAUAAAUGUCAACGCUGCUGCAAAUAAUCCAGCUCCUGGUCAUUAUGAUGUAAAUGAUGCCCUUCUUCAUCAGAAUGUUAAAGUUCCAUUAUCAAGUUUUAAAUCAAAGUCAAAAAGACAAAUGGCACCAAGUCCUGCAGCAGUACCUGGUCCAGGAGCCUAUAAACCAAAUGAACCAAUAGACCCAGCAAAAAAACAGUUAUUCCCGAGGAAACAUUAUUUAUGUAUAUCUGCCCCUGCUAUGCCAUUACCUGAUACUCCGCCACAACCAGGCCCUGGAAGUUAUGAAACAGUAAAUUAUGAAGGACAACCCAAGCAUUAUAUGUCAUCAUCUGCCUUUGUUUCUACGACAAGUCGAUGGACAGGUACUGCCAAAGAGGGAGAAUUACCAGGACCAGCUCAUUAUAGACCUAUCAACAUGGGAAGGCAAUCCUUUAUAUACAAUGCUGCUAGCAAAUGGAUAUAAAGUCAACGAAAAAGUAAAUAUAUAUCAUGACUUUAAAGCCAAAAGGUCCAUCAAAGUAAAUUGGCUGAAAUUGUGGAUUAAAAACAAACCAGAUCUAGAAUCAGAUGUGUAACAGAUUAUGAAAAAAAAAACUCAUGCAGAAAGCCAUGUCUAAACAAGUUCUUUGCUUCGCUUAUAUUAAGCUGCUGGACAUGCCCUAGAUGCAUGCUGUCAGUUCUGUGUGAGAGUCCGAAAAAAUAGUUAGUGUAAAAGAAGUUACAUUUCAGAAUGUUUUGAUAGUCGAAAUGAUAAAAUUUAAUGUAUAUGAUAUGGGUAACACUAUUAUUUAAAUUAAAAAAAAACUUUUAACAAUCAGUAUUAUGAAUUGAAUCAUAUUUUUUAUUAUAUGUGCUAUGGUUCUCUUUACUGUGAUAGAAAUAUGUUUUUAUUUGUUAAAGGGUUCCUGAAUAUUAGGAUUUAAGAUUUCAGUGAAAAAGAUUUUUUUUUAACAAAGGCCAAUUUUGAAUCAAUAAUUGGAAAUGGAUCUUUACAGUAACAAUUACUCCACAACUUUUAUUUUUAUUUUUAUUGUGUUAUUUUCCAUCAACAUAUCAGCCAUGAUACAAAAUGAGUUAUUAAUAUUCAUAAAUCAGUUAAACAUUUCAGAGGAAAAAAAAACAGCAUGUCUGGUAGGUGUAUUUUUGCUGUUUGAAAAAUACACACACAUACAGUUUUUACUAAUUCAGAUAUAUUUUACUUUAAAAAAAUGGCCCAUUGUAGGAUCUUAAAUGUUAGGUGAUACUGUCAGACUUCUGAAUUGAGUUUUUCUUUCAAAGACUUCUGAAUUGAGUAUUUCUUUCAAAUCAAUCUAAGACUGAUCCAUCAUGUAACAUAAUAACCUUGAUUUACAAGUAGAAGUUAAAGGCUGCUUUUCCAAUACUAUAGUAGUUUUCGAUUUUCAGACCAAAUUAAAUUUUCUCAACAUCACGUUAACCUUGGAUGUAGAAUGGUUGAUAUGUGUAGGCAGUAGUAUUGAUUGUUAUACACCUCUACAAACUUCCUUAUGCUACGUUAAUCAAUUGAUUGAAGUGAAAAUGGAAAUAGAUUUUUAUUUUAGGUUUACAUCCAGAUAUUUUUUUGUGACAGUGUUGUAUUGGUUUUAUGCCUGAUAAGCAUCAUAACCAAAUGAGAUUUGUUUACUCUUCAUUUAAAUAAUUGCUUUUAUUUGGUUAUUACCAUAAAUUUGCUCAUGAAUAAUGAAUAACUUCAAUGCUGAAAUAGAAAUCUUGUUUUACUGUGUACAAGUAUUUAUUAAAAUAUUAGUAAAAAGAAAUAUAUAUCUGUAUUUUAAAAUGUGUUAAUACAAUCACAAUAUUUUUCUGAUCUUUAAUCAUUAAAACGUUAGAGAAAUUAAAACCCCCGAAAAUUAUGUGCUUUAAAAGUGGUUUAAAAAAAAAAAAACAAUUUAAAUGUCACCAGCUAUAGUAACUAAUUAUCAGUCUGUUUGUGGCAUUAUUGUAAGAAUUAGUGACAUCUUAUUGAUUUUGUUUAUUUUCUCAGAAGUUUUCCAUAGAUACUAUUGAUUGUGUAAAGACAACAUCCAUUGUUUGCCAAGAUGUAGGAGGAUAUCUUGUCUUUUAGUUAUUAUUUACCAUAUUUUUAUGUCCAUUAUUGGGAUAUUUUUUAAUGACAUUUAUAAGAGUUGAAAAUUUAUUAUGAGUAUAAUUGCAUGAUUUAAAAUCAUAUACCUGAAUAAAAUACUUAAAAAUGUGUCUAGGAAGAAAGCAAUAUGAAAACAGAAAUACUAUGUAUUUUAUGUCAUGUUCAAUUCUAAAUAAUUUUGAUUUAAUUUUUUUAUAUGGAGAAAAAAUUAAUACAAAUCAGAACAAGAAUUUGCAAUAAAUUAAAUAAAGACAGAAAAAUAAAAACAUAAUUUGUAAUUAGUUAAAUAAAAUUUGGGUUAUGUAAAUCAAAAUGUUGAGGUUAUGUAAACCAAAAUUUUGAGGUUAUAUAAACUAAAAUUUUGUGGUUAUAUAAAUGGCUGAUUACAUAAUAUGUUGUAAGCCAGAAGCUUAUCUGAGUCCUUUGUCUAUUGUUAUCUUUAGUGUUGACUGUAAUUAAGACACCAAAUUAAAUCAUUGAUAUCUCAGAUUAUACUUGAUCAGGUUUAUGUCAGAUUUGUUUAUUUAUCUUUUAUAUAAUAUGAUGUGAGAAAGGAUGAGAAGCAAGUGAGAAGUUAAUAGUGAAAUGUAUGUGAGCUGGGGCCAUAUAUAUUGGUGUCAGAUGAGAAUUAAAGAAUUUGUUAUCUGUGAUAAAAAUGUUUUUAUUUUGUUAUAGUUUUGUCUUUAAGAUUUUUAUAUUGAAUAAAUAUUGAUGCUAUU